CACUGGGGUGUGUUUGGUGAAUGAGAGAUUUUCAGUCCAUUCAUGCGAAAGAGAGAUAAAGUUGUUUCUGAAGAUUAGAGACUCCCAUGUUAGGCCUUUCAAAAUGAAGUCUUGCUUUCUUGUCUUGGCAAGAUCAGGCAGGAUCUGGACAAGGCUACAGAAAGGCAGUAGAAUCUACAAGAUGCUAACCACGCCAUCAUGAAGACAAAAAACAAAACCCAACCCAAACCGAAGCAGCAAGAGGGAAAAAUAGGUUGGGAGUAUAUGUGGAGACCAGAGACUAAUAGAGGCCUGGUGAGAAGAUAAAGUGAUACAGCCCCGUGUAGAGCUGCCUGAUGCUUCUCAACAGUGAACAUCACAGUUUCCUUAGGAGUGAGCUCUCUUGAUCUGGGAUGUAUACAGAAAGGACUUGAAACCAGUUCCUAGGAAAAACCCGCAUGAGGUGUGGGCGACAGCAGCGUUCUCUGUAAUCACAAGGGGGAAACAAGCCCGCAGAUGCAGCAGUGAUGCAGGAGACAAAUGCAUGGAUCUGUGGAGAAGGUCCCUGGGUAACUGACUAGAAGCUCGACCUAGCUCUCAUCCUCUCCAUAGAAUGUGGGCUCUCUACAGCAUUGGAUGCAUCAAGGGGGACAUUAUAACAGGAAUGGUGGACACCUUCCUUUUAGUCCCUGGAGUGGUCUGGGCAGAUACUUGUCACCUUUAUGUCAGCAAUUCAGAGAACACACAGUGUUGGGAAGUGGAACAAGAAUUCUACUGCACAUGCGCCAGGACAUCAGCAUUGCUCAAUCAGCAGGGUUGUUUCUAAACACUGUCUGUGAGCAGGCCAGGCUAAGGACCCAGCAGCAGGCAGCAAAUCCUUUGGGAACACAGUCUGGUUUUGCUUUGAGACCUAUUUUAGAAUUGUAAGAUACUUUGAAACUUGCUUUCUUAGGUGAAAACAUUUGUAUUCCUUAGGGUCAUGUAUAUUUCUUCGUAACUAUUUCUAAACUCAAAUUGCCUUAUUCUGCAGAGGAAAAAGAUCUUAUCUGGAACACAAGCGAGAGUGCCUCGUAAUAUUUUAUCAUUUAUUACUGUUGUCUAAGUAAAUCAUUGUCCAUGAUUGUUGUUUCUUAAUGGUGCAAGUACACGCCCUCCUGAGGGAGCAGAUUUAACACAGUCACACUUCCUCCUUAGUCAGAAGAGCUCAGAUUCUCAGCAGCUGGAUUGCCUCAGGCUGAGCUUCUCCCAUGGCUCCUAUAGGUUUCCCAGCCUCCCUUCCUCUGUGUGUGUGUCUGCUGCUGGUGUCUGGCUUUGCCCAGGCAGGCAGGCUGCUGGUGGUGCCCAUGGACGGGAGCCACUGGUUCACCAUACAGUCGGUUGUGGAGAAGCUCAUCCACAAUGGACAUGAGGUGGUGGUAGUCGUGCCAGAGGUGAGUUGGCAACUAGGAAAAUCCGUGAAUUUUACAGUGAAGGCAUACUCAAUUUCUCACACUCUGGAAGAUUUAAACCGGGAGGUCAAUAUUUUUCUUGACGCUCAAUGGAAAGAUCAGACAGACUUAAUGACUUUUCUACUAACAAGUCCAGGCAGAGGUUUCUUUGAAUUACUGUUUUCACAUUGUAGGGAUUUGUUUAACGACAAGAAGUUAGUGGAGUACUUGAAGCAGAGUUCUUUUGAUGCUGUCUUUCUGGAUCCUUUCGAUGUGUGCGGCUUGACUGUUGCCAAGUACUUAUCGCUCCCGUCCGUGGUCUUCGGCAGGGCAAUAUUGUGUCACUAUCUUGAAGAGGGUGCCCAGUGUCCCAGCCCUCCUUCUUAUGUUCCAAGAAGUCUCUUGAAACUCACAGGCAACAUGACUUUCAUGGAGAGAGUGCAGAACCACCUUGCCUACUUGGGGGAGCAUGUUUUUUGCUCCAGUUUGUUCAAAACUGCUACAGAAAUUGCUUCUGAAGUUCUCCAGACCCCGGUGACUGCAUCUGACCUCUUCAGUCAAGUGUCCAUUUGGCUGUUACGCACUGACUUUAUGUUGGAGGUCCCCAGACCUUUGAUGCCCAAUAUUGUCUUCGUGGGUGGGAUCAACUGCCACCAGGGAAAGCCACUUUCUAAGAUGUUUUCUCUCCUCUCCUUUAGCACAUGAAGAAAGACCCGGCUUUGGAUGAUGAAGUUAUCCCUUACUGAGCUGUGGGCUGUCAAUCACACUUGUCAUUUUCAGUUUUCUUUCAGUUCUACGUUUGUCGUCAUCUCAGUUGGUUCAACACAGUCCUUGAGCGGUCGCACGAAGUGUGCUGUAGUGUGGCUUGUAAACUUUGCUUGCUGAUAGGCGUGUGGCCACGGACAUUCUCAGCAUCACCAGGCUGCCUUUAUUUUUUUGGUGGGGGAACAGAGUGAGACGCACAGUAAGAAAUGAAGCUUUGUUUUGUUCAUUCUCAUCCUCUACCUUGUCUCGAAAAUGCUGCCAUUUCCUAACCCUGCUAUUUUCUCAGCAGCACAGAGACCCAGGAGCAGAGUGUCUGGGUCUACUGUGCACUCGCUAUAUUUUAGUGCAUUUAGAUAAUUGCUUUCAAAACUCCAAACAAACUUCAUCAUUUGAUCAGCUCUAUGUGAGAGUUCUCAUUUUUCCAUGCUGUCUUCUACCUGGAUCUUGUCCAAAUGUUAAAGUUUUCUUAAUUUUGGUGAUAGAAGAUUCUGUGUAGCUGUUUCAAUGUUCACUAUGUGUUCCGGUAGUUAGUUGGGUCGUUUGCCUUUUCCCUAUGGUAAAUUACACAUUGACACACUUUUAUCCUUUCUUCUAAAUUGCUAGCAGUCUCUAAAGCUCAGAAAUAUGAACACUUGGUCACUCAAAUAUGUGCUGCCCUUUUUACUUAGCUGUUUAUUUUCUAGUUUUUAUUUAUUUCUAUGUAUAAGUGUUUUGCCUUUAUGUUUGGGCUUCCCAUUCAUGCAGUUCCCAUAGGAGCUGGAAGAGGGCA